GGAACAUCGUCGCGAUCGUCGCGUUAUACGCGCGGCCACCGAGAGACGCGCGCGUGCCCUCGUGAGCACCACAGAGCAGUAAAGAAAUCGUGCCCGAACACGAGCCUGCGAGACAAGGGCAUCUGAUCCCUCGUAAACACAUACGUUUUGACGUUUCUUCCACGACGCUCUUGCUUUUUUCUCGCCGAAUUUUUACCGUUAUUACGCGAUUUAAUAUUAACGAAUUCAUUUUAUUACCCACAGACAAAUAUACGAGGACAGUUACUCGUGUUUAAACAAAUUAUAUAUUUACGAAAAACUAAGCCAAGAAGCACUUUGCUUUUUUGUUGUUGUUGUUGGAGAGGCAAACUGAAGUAUUCAGCGUGGACGACAAAGUGUGCGACUUUGUGGAACACCACGUUUCAUACGUAGAUAGAGAACCAUUGACCGAGUCCGUGCUCUACGUACUAAUUCAUGUAUUAUUAUUUAUAGUAAAUUAUUUAACCGGAUACGAGGUGGGAACAUUGCCUUUUUUCCUGCCUGUACAACUCUUUCGUCCCAUAUUCGUUGACGAGAGUUAAACGUGGUGAAUAAUUAAGGAGAUUAUACUCUGUUUUUGUGAUUUUGUGUGAAUCGUGACGUGAAACGAAGGAAAUAAAAACCCAACCAAAGUUACGUUAUCAAGCUUGAUCAAUCGACGAUAUCAUACUCUCAGUUCGCUCGUGAAUUAUUUUUUUUUUGUUUACUUUUCCCGUUGUUUUUGGUGAAGUGUGAUUAAGUGCGUACUCGAUUUACACUAUAACAUUGGAUUACUCGACGCCACAAAUUUCCAUUGAAAUAACAAAAAACAUCGAGCUCCACGUACCGCCAGAGAUCCGUUCGGGUGUGAAGAAAAACGACUUGAAAUUAUCACGCGACACAGACGCUGAGGAUUAUUAUGAUCGAGUCACACGAAUGAAACGCAUUUCUGAGGGAAUUUCGUUGGAACGAAAUUUCGCGAAGGAGCUGAAGGACGCAGAAAAAUCGGUCCGAGUCGAGAAAGAAAUCUGCUGGAUUGACAUUUCGAAUUAUCGUCGUAUCGUGAAAAAGCGCGCGGUAGUCACCACCCCGUUGUGGGGGUGGUGUUUAAGAGUUUAGUGCCGCGGCGAUGGUGGCAGCUGCCACCGCUACGGCCACCGCCACCGCCUGUGUGGUGGCCAUGCAGGACCGCCAGGACAUUCCCACGCAGUUCAAUCAGAUGCAGAGCCAGCAUGGAAUACCCCACCAGUCUUACAACACUGGUGGAUACGCGCAGAGAGGACCAAUGACGGGUAUGGGCCCUGUUGGAAUGAGCAAUUUCAACGGCAUGGGUUCUAUGGGACCGUCCGUACAUUCGAUAAAUUCCAUGAACUCGAUGAACAUGCACCCAAUGACGAUGGGGGGUAUGAACGCUAUGAACGGCAUGACUCCUAUCAACUCAAUGAACAGCAUGGGCAACAUGGGGAUGAACAAUAUGAUGGGAGGAAAUAACAUGCAGAUGAAUAAAAUGAGCAUGCAGCAAGCGCAAGCUCAACAAGCCUAUCCAAGAAGACUGGCACCUUAUCCGAAUCCAGCGAUGCACAUGGUCCAAAAGAGGCAACAUCAUCAGCAACAGCAGCAACAACAACAGCAGCAGCAGCAGCAGCAGCAGCAACAACAACAGCAGCAGCAGCAACAGCAACAGCAGCAACAAUUACCCUACGCCGGAGCGAAUCCUGCGAGUAUGCAGCCCGGAUUCAACAAUAUGUCUGCAGGACAAUAUCCCAACAACUAUCCAGGAGCAAGGGCGAAUUUUCAGCCACAAUAUCCGUCGAUGCAACCUAUGAAUCCUGCCGCGACCGGUUUCGGCCCUGGUGGCAUGAUACGCGGCACUAAUAUGAGACAAACCGCCCCCGUUUACAAUCCAGCGAACUCACAAAAUGGCCAAUACGGUUACGGCACGAACGUCAAUGUCGUGCCCGUCAGCAUGGGACCAAAUACCGCUGGCAAUCAAUUCGUCGGCCAUCAAGCUAACCCCGGCUAUGUCAGCGGCGCCAAUUCUUAUCCUGUUGCCAGUAGUCAGUAUCAACAAGAUGUACCUACCAUGAGAACACAACCGGGAACAAAUAUGAAUUAUCAGCACAGUCCCAUUCCUGGCAAUCCAACACCUCCUCUUACUCCUGCCACUAGUAUGCCACCUUAUAUUAGCCCCAACCCCGAUAUUAAACCCAAUUUCAGUGAUAUCAAGUCUCCCGUUAAUAUACAAAAAGACGACGAGUUGAGAUUGACAUUCCCAGUUAGGGAUGGCAUAAUUCUUCCACCCUUUCGCCUUCAGCACAACUUGGCUGUGAGCAAUCACGUUUUCCAAUUAAAAUCGACGGUUCAUCAAACGCUAAUGUGGCGCUCGGAUCUCGAGCUUCAGUUGAAAUGUUUUCAUCACGAGGAUCGACAGAUGAAUACCAAUUGGCCAGCCAGCGUACAAGUUUCCGUGAACGCAACGCCUCUCGUUAUUGAUCGAGGUGAAAACAAAUCGUCUCACAAACCCCUUUAUCUCAAGGAUGUUUGUCAGUCAGGAAGAAAUACAAUUCAAAUCACCGUUUCUGCUUGCUGUUGCUCGCACCUCUUCGUCCUCCAAUUAGUCCACAGACCGAGCGUGCGAAGCGUUCUCCAAGGCUUGUUACGAAAAAGAUUGCUCACGGCAGAGCAUUGUAUAACAAAAAUCAAGCGAAAUUUCAACAACACGAUGUCGAACAACGGCAUGCAAGCCGAGAAAGACGUCGUCGAGCAAACGGCACUAAAGGUAUCUUUAAAAUGUCCAAUUACCUUCAAACGUAUCACGCUACCGGCGAGAGGGCACGACUGCAAACAUAUACAGUGUUUCGACCUUGAGUCUUAUUUGCAACUGAAUUGUGAACGAGGUUCCUGGAGAUGUCCGGUUUGCACUAAACCCGCGCAAUUGGAGGGUCUCGAGGUGGAUCAAUACAUGUGGAGUAUUUUGAACACAACGGAAAACUCGACGGACGUGGAGGAAGUGACGAUAGAUCCAGCGGCGAAUUGGAAGGCAGCAAAAAAUAUGACGAGUAUUAAAUCGGAGGAGGAGAGCAACGAUUGCAAGAGAUUGACUAAAGCGAUGUCGCCGGGAAGCAUGAACAUGCCAACGAUGAAUAACUGGGACAUGACACAAGCGAUGAGCCCUUAUAUACCGCCGGAUAUGAACAGUAUCGUCAGUGGCUCGAUGAUGAACAAUUCGACAACCUCGAAUUAUCCAAGCAACAACGUUAACCAUCGAAAUUCAACCGGUAGUUACGACAUUAACGCUGGUACAACUACGACUACCACGAGUACGACGAAUACCGUUAACAACGAGUACGUUAACGGAUCUGGUCCUCUCUCGCACUUGAGCGAAUCGGUCAAUUCUCUCGAUCCCCUAAACGCAAUGGAAAAGUCACUGAACGAUCAGAUGCCUCAUACGCCUCACACACCUCACACACCCCACACACCCCACACACCUGGCGGUGGAAAUAGUGGUCCCCCGAGCGUACCCCCAGCAUCGCAAGAAUCCACCGGAAAUCACAACACUUCCGGGAACACGAGUACAAAUAUCAACAAUGACAGUGCGGAUAUACCGUCUGACUUGAAUUUUGACCCUGCUGCCGUAAUCGAUGGCGAAGGAACUGGUCAGGAAGCACUGAACCUUUUGCCAGACAAUGUUGUGGAUCCAAUGGAACUUCUCUCGUAUUUGGAUCCUCCGGACUUGAACACACCGCCGAGUAGUGGAGCGAGCAGCGGUAAUCCGUCGUCGAGCGACGACAUAUUAGCACUUUUCGAGUAAAAGUACAUAACCGCGAGAAACAAAAAGACACUAAGUUUUUCAAUAUUAUUUUCGUUUUUUCCAAGUCUUCGUAAGGAGCAGAUUGCGAUACACAACACACACACACACACACACACACACACACACACACAUAUAAAAGAAAAAGAAACAAACGUAUAAUCAAAUAAGAAAUACGAGCCUCGAACUUGGGGCGUGAAAAGAGAUGAAAAAGCAGUGAUAUAUUCACGUCAGACUUUUAUCUCUCAUAUACAACAUGUUCCUAACUUUAGCGAGGAUUCUUGUAUAUUAUAAUAAUAUAUAAAGGAAUAAGGUUGAAAGACUAAUGAUGAAACGUCGAACUCGCGAUAUUUGAAUGAAAAAUGAGUUAUUAAAUGGAAACGUAAAAUAGGAAAGUUAGAGAGUGAGAGAGAGGGAGAGAAAGGUAAUGCGAGAAAGAGAGAGAGAAAGAGAGAGAUGUUAUGGAGGAACGGGGUCACUCUGGGUGCUCCCACCUAAAAAAUGGUACAAACAAUCUUAGCUCUAAUAGUAAUAUUCCUAAUGACGAAGAUGGGGCAUAAAAACAAAUAGGUUUAGAAAAAUGGCCUCCGAUCGUAUAGCGCGAAUCACACGGACAUAUUUCGUGUUAAUGCUUUCUUCAUACACAACAGACAUACAUACGUAUAUGCGAAUAGAUAUGUCUGAAAAUAAUUAUCUUUUUUUUUUUGUAUGAAUUCGCCUAUAAAGACUAUACCGCAAUGGACCAGAUUAUACAUGAAACAGCGGAAUAUCAGUCGUUCGAUUCUCCCCUCCCAGCAAUUUUUGGGUGUGACCAAAAGCUCAAUGAUGAAAAUUGUGCUUGUUUAUCUUUUGUUCAAUUUUUCUUGUUUAUUUUAUCCUCGGAAAUUGUAAAAAUCAAUUCCUUUGUGCUAUGGUCUUUAUAUCUCUAAUGAAGAAAGAAAAAAAAACAUGUAACACAACAUUGAUCAACUAACAGCAGAAAAUGAGAACGGUCUACACGUACAUUCGAGGCUAUGAAUGACCUACAAUGCGAGGAACUUGUACAGCAUAUUAUUUUUCUUUUCCAAUAAUUCUUGUUUCGUUUUCCUUCUUGUAAAUAAUUUUAACUCGGUCAUAGAUCAUAGGAUACUUCAACUGUAAACCAAUUUGCUUAUUGAUGGAUAUAGCGCAUACGGUGUUCCUUUUUUUUUAGUAAAGAGAAAGAUUGAGGAGAAGAUAAAAGAAUGAAAAUAAAAAGCAACGAUGACACCGAUUCGAGCACGUUACGACCACUUUUUCAUGGUGAAUCGUUCGGAUAAGGGGUUUACUGAGCUUGGCGAAAAUUCUAAAAUAGUCAAUGGAAACACGUUUAUUUAAUAUUGAUUUUUCAAUCGAAUAAACUCAAUUUAUUUCAACUCUCGAUGAAAUUGAUUUUAUUCUAAGUGCAUUUUUAUUCUAAGUGAAUACAAGACCCUUUUGUUCAAAGCAAUUGGAUGCACUGAUGCAGAAUGUAGGGGAAAAUUAACAGAUAUCAAAAAAAUAAACCAAUUGAACCAGUAUUAUUGCUGUGCGCAACGAUAGCAGAAAAAAUGAAUAAUUGCGAAUUCAUGGGUUCUGUCGAGCCCAAAAAUCAUUAUCUCCGAUUCCGUGAUUUUCUUCAAAUUGACAGGAACCAUAGAAGUCUUGGGUAGUUGUAAGAGUUGGGGUUAUGGACCGUGAAAAAUUAAUCAAACAUUAAAACGUAGCAGACUGAUUGUGUCGAGACAAAUAUUUAUUCGGAAUUGGGUGAAAUUGGAGUUUUUAUGACAGAAGCUAUUUUCAUUAUUGUAAUUCACAUUACGAUAACGAAUAUUCAACUCUAACUAGCAAAGUUUCGAUACAACUCGAUCGCAAAGUGCUUCUCCUCAUUAGUUCUGCUAUUCUCUGUUGUACAGUCUCGAUCGUAUUGACUCGAAAACAAUUGAGUACGUCAAUAUCAAACCACCAUUAAGAACGAUCCAAAAAUUUUUAUUGUUUUUUUUUUUUUUUCUUACUUUUGGUACUUGUUGAAAAUAAAUCAAGAAGGACGAAAGCCAUACACGGUACUCUGUUCUCGAAGUUGAUUCGUGAACAGGUCCGAAAAAUAUAUUCCUCAUUUUUAAUUUUUUCAAUCGUUUUUAUUACAAUUAUUUGCUGUAAUGUCAGUAAGUCAAGGGGGAAGAAGGGCGGGGAGUGAUUACUCCCUUUUUCCCAAAUUUGACCCAAAUUAAAAAUGACUAAAAAAAAAAACAUUAUUCAAAUAUGAUUUUUCGUAAGCGACACUCUUUGUUCAGCUCGUGAAAUAACAUAGCGAAAGAAAAUGUAACGUAAAAACUCCCGCUUAAGAAGUAGACACUGCAGAAAAAGUGGUCUGAUAAAACGAAGAUGAAAAUUGAUCGAUGAAGGAGAGGUUUAACACGGAAUCGUUAGUGCCUAUCCCACCCGAAAGAAUCAAUACUUAGUACUGCCAGACCUAGAGGCACCGCCCACGACAUCCCCUCUGCUUGUGUACUAGUUAUUACAUUUAUAGCUUUUGUCAUUAUGAUCAAAAAGGGUGAAGAGUAAACAGCAACAACAAGGAGUAUUUGAAGUGAUUCACGUAGAUUAUACAAAUUUUAUACAGAAAAAAAAACAAACACAAAGUAAAGAAGAAAAAACAACAACAACAACAAACGAGACAUUAACAACAGAAGCAACAAAAAUAAAAAGUGUAUUUAUAUUCUGAAGCGUUGGUGGAUAGCGCACGAGGCAGAAUUCGACGCGGUCAAGUUUCUAUUCAUAAUAAUUACAUUAUACAUAUAAAUAUAUAAAUAUACAUCAUUACGGCUAGAUUUUUAAUAUUACGUGUAGAAACUAAGGGCGAUAAGAAAAUAAACGAUUGUAUAUUAUUUGUAUAUAUGACAAAUAGAAUAAUAAUAUAAGAAAAAAAAGUGGCAGAUACUUAUUGGCCAGUUAUAAUGGUAUAAAAAUGAAUCAACAAAAAAAAACAAUUGACUAUCUUCAUUAUUUCACAGAACCAAAACAUGCGGAAUGUGUAUAUAAAUAUAUAUAUAUAUAUUAAAUAUAUAUAUGUAUAUGCAUAUAAACACACAGAAAAAAUAACUUGUCCUAGAUGAAUAAUAAUAAGAAUAAGAAUAAUAAUAAUAAUAAUAAUAAAAUAGUAACGUAUGCACAAAAUGUGAGAAACGCUAUAGAUCGAUCCUUAACGAGUGCCAGCAUUGACCACUGUCUUGUUGGAUCCCAGUAGUAGUAUUAUCUUAUCUUAUUCCCGACUCAACCACCUUGAACGAAAGGAAAUAAAGGAAAGAUAAUAAAACAAGAAAACCAUACCAAGUUUAUUCGAACUGUAAGCUUUACGUAAGAUCUUCAAGAAGUAGCUAAGACGCCAAUCGCUUCUCGACAGUCUUCGUAGGCAGUUAAUACCGCACUACUAUUAUUAUUACUAAUACUACUACUACUACUCUACUACUACUACUACUACUACUUCUACUAGACUACUACUACUACUACUGUCCAUAAACUUACAUUCGAUUAUUUCUAAAAAAAACGAGAAAAAAAUGAAAAAGAAAAAAAAACACGUUCUAAGGUCCCUUGGUUUGAAAAAAUCAUUGAGUUUUAUCGAUUAUCUGGAAAUAAUGAUGGAGCAUUUAUUUGCACACAUUAGUAAAAUAUAAGGAAAAUGAUGCUGGAAUGAAAAUAUAAUCGCAAUAAGAUUGAACAUUGGAAAAAUAAAAUUGGAGUGAAUUCAUUAGGAAUCUGAAAUUCAAUGAUAUUCGGUCAGAACGAAGGGACAACCGCGGCAGAGAGGGAUCAAUAAAUCCUCGUCGAAUGAGAAAAGGAGAAAUCCAGGCUCUUGUAGACCUCAUUGGCAUCACAUUAACUAGACAUUACCUUUACUAUCCUAUUGAACGUUAGGUAGACUGUAAUUUCAGACUUCACUCUGAAUCGAAGAUCCAAUGGGCUAUUGAGAAAAUAUCUUACUAAUAAUUAACGGUUUACGAGGCCCACGAUGUGAGAGAGAAAGAGCGAGAAAAAAGUGAGAGUGAAAGCCUUGAUAAAUAAAAAUGAAAAGUAAAGAUAUGAUCGUGAAAAUAAGUAGUUAUAGAACUUUCGUUAAGAAAGAGAAACAAGAAAGUCACAAUGAAGAAAAGCAACAAAUGAUUUUCUGUUGUAGAUUAAAAGAACAAACGAAGUUUUAAUACCCGACAAAGACCAGUUUAUAAUAAUAUAAGCCAAAAACACCAUGAUGAUUUCCAAUUAAUGAUCUAGAAAAGAAAAACGAGAGAUUGAGAGAGAGAGAGAGAGAGAGAAAAAAACACUAAAAGGAAACGUUGAAUAAUAAAAAUAUGUGAAAAUA